CUAGACCGUACUCUGUGAUGAUAUAUGAGAUGAUCUCUCAGGAGUGUUCAGAGCCAAGCCUUUGGCUUUUCCUGCAGAGUUAUAAUAUAAGCAGCGGAAGGGGCGUCAUUCAGGGGGGUUUCCUGUCCUUCUGCCUGUAAACACUGUCACAGUUAUUCCACUGUGCACUGAUGUUAUCAGCAACAGCUGGAAAGCCUCGUACUGCUUGUUUUGUAAGAUAUGACAGUAAUGCUUAAUAUUUAGUUUUUCUUUGCUGCCAAGUCUGAGUCACACGGCUGCGGCUGAAGUUGAAACACACAUUUACCGUCAGACGUCCUGAUGGUAUCAGCUGUGUGAUUGUGUGUCCUCACAACGAUAGACAUACAAGACUCGCACACACCCAUCUGGUUUCCAUCAGCGGAAGACGACAGUCGACAUCAGCAGCUCUGAGAUCAGUUAAUACUUACAGGCUGCUGAGCCUCACAGCACUGAUCCCACUAAGACUACUACUGCAAGAGUAUUGCUACAAGAGGAAGAAGAAGAAGAAGAAGAAGAAGAAGAAGAAGAAGAAGCAGAAGAAGAAGCAGAAGACGAUGGGGUUAUUAUUUGGGACUCUGGUCUUGGUCUCUCUGCUGCCGUCCGUCUGCAGCUUCUCUCCAGAUUCUCAUCCUGCAGACGAAUGCCGCAACAUGUCCAUCUUUCUGCGGGCGUUCAGGCUGAAGCGGACCUGUAACUUCACGACUCUGGAGGAGAAGCAGCUGAAGGAGAUCCAGGCUCCGAUCACCAACCUGUACCUGCCGGUCCUGUACCUGCUGGCCUUCUGUGUGGGUCUGCCCUCCAACCUGCUGGCUCUCUGGGUCCUGCUGUUCAGGACCAAACGGCUGCCGUCCACCGUGCUGCUCAUCAACCUCACCGCUGUGGACUUCCUGCUGCUGCUGGUCCUGCCGUUCCGCAUCGGGUACCACUUCCGAGGAAACCACUGGGCGCUGGGCGAGCCCUUCUGCCGCGUCGUCAUGGCCAUGUUCUACGGCAACAUGUACGGGUCCGUACUGUGUCUGGCGCUGGUGGCUCUGGACCGGUACAUUGCUUUGGUUCACCCGUUUAGCAGCAUGACGCUGCGCAGCUGGCGGGCGUCUCUGUACAUGUCGGCGGCGGUGUGGGUGGUGGUGCCGGCCGCCAUGCUGCCGCUGCUGGUGUCACGGCAGACCUACGAGCUGGAUGAGCUGCAGAUCACCACCUGCCACGACGCGCUGCCCGAGGAGGCGCAGGAGAACUACUUCCUGCCCUACUUUGUCAUCUUGUUCACUCUCUGCUUCCUGCUGCCCUUCCUGGUCGUGCUGUUCUGCCACGGCGCCGUGCUGCGCGCCCUGAUGAACGGAGGGAAGCAGUACAGACACGCCGUCUGGGUGACGGUGUUGGUGCUGCUGGUCUUCAUCGUGUGUCUCCUGCCCAGCAACAUACUCCUCCUCCUCACCUACGCACACAAAGAUGGCGAGGACCUCUACAUGCCCUACAUGGUUAGCUUAGCGUUUAGCGCCUUCAACAGCUGCAUCGACCCCUUCAUCUUCUACUUCGUGUCGGUAGAGUUCAGAAAGAAGGCCAGGAGCGCUCUGUGCUGCCACGACGACCCCGAGGACCAGACUCUGGGGAACGUGUCGUGCUCUUCAUCAUUACCGGGCCUGAGGUCAAAGGUCACCCUGACGUCCAGGACGGUCAUCGUCUGAGACGUCGCUGUCAGAACCACGCUACCUGUCCACACGACUAACUGAUGGUCACAUGACCGCUGUCAUCAUCACAGAUGUCACUCAAACAUGUUGAACGUUGUACUGAAACAUGCUGAUAUGAAGGUAGAACUGAUGAUUUUGUUUGUUUCCAAAAAGAUUCAUCCUGCUGUUUGUUUAAAAUACACAGAUUCAAAGAUUUAAGGGAAAAGUUACAUGAAACGUAAUUAUUAAACGUAGAGUUCGCAGAAAGAUAAAGUCCUGAACUCUUCAUGAGGCUGCAGAUCAGGGGGCUUUCACACCUGCCCCGUUUGGUCCGGACCAAACAGACGGAAUUUGGUCCAACGAAAAGAGGUAGUCUCGGUCCGGAUCAAA